UCAAAUGCAGCAAUGCGUAGCUGUAGUGUCUCCGUGAUGUACGAACAUAUAUAAAGAGGAUUGGAUCCCCGCAAAAUGCGCAUGUCAGUGUUCGUGUUGGAGUUUAACUUGUGACGUAGAGCUCGUUACCAUGGAGCCUGCCGACAGAAGAAGGGGUUCCCCUCUAUGGCAGCACUUUGAGCUGAUCUCUCCCAAUAAGAUCAUUUGACAAAUCUUUUGCUGUCCCCAUGACUCGGGAGCCAAAAACGUCGGUGCAGCACUGGACCUGCAGCGUCUGUCUGAAGGCCUGAAACUCCUCCCACGCUGAUAACAGGAAGAAAUCCUCCAGCAGAACCAGUCGCAGAGAGGAGCAGCCAUCUGAGAGACCAGCUGAGGGGAGCUGACGUGGACAGGAGAAAAGACACGCUGUGCACUCUCAGAAAUAGAGUUGUGUGAUGAGGUUGAUUUAAUGCAUCCCUGCCAAGACAACAUCUGUCGCCGCUUUAGCAAAAACUUCACUGCUGUUCUUCAAAUGACCAAGGAUUUGCCACUGAAGAAGGUCUACAUGGAGGCAAGAGAGAAUGCACUGGCUGAAGACAUUACAGGAAUUGACUUCAAGGGGGCACUUCUCUUGCCAUCCAUCUUCAAGGAGAAGAUAGAAGAUUUCAUCAUCCUUGGAGAGAAUACUCCCACGAGUCCAUACCCAACCAUUCGAAUGAAGGAUAAGAGUUGGACAACUGCCCUCUUAAGACAGUGUCGCUGUGUUGUAACAGUUGAAGGAGUGGAUGUUUGCUCGUGCCGCUCGCUGGAUGAGGCCUACAUCUCAGCAUUCUCCACCUUCUUCGUGUUCAACAUGACCUACCCUGCAUACUUCAAGAAAACACUUGUCUUUCUUCAGAACUGCAUUGUCAACAUAGGAGACCAGGGAGACAAACCCCUGCCAACAUCAGCAGGAUCAAGGAUGACCCCCCCACCCCAGUCUGAGGACGUUCCCCACCACAUGAAUGGGGGACGGGAGGCACAGCUUCCAGCCCAGCUGAACCAUUUCCAUCCUGGACCACAGCUCUCCUGGCUUUUCUUGUUGUUUCUGGAGGUCUUUUAUUCUAUUUCUGGCAGUAUUUCAUGUCAGAGUGUCGGGUGGAGGUGGAGGAGUCUGUCUGGUUGCCCUUUAAAACCACAGCUCAGCUGCCUGAAGACACUCUAGUAGAGUGGUGGCACCGUCCUGAGAAGCCUGACAAACAGGAGCGGGAUUAUAGAGACCGAGUGAAGAUGAAAGACGAGCGUCUGAAAAGCAGACAGUUCAGCCUGACCUUUAAACGCUCCACAGAGAGAGGAGGACUCCCCUCAGUUAUUACAUUCAUUCAUUAUUACGUUCUUAGCUGAUCCUACAUUACAAAAUGAUUUUAACAAUGAAUGCAGUGGUGAAU